AAGUUUUGUGGUAAAUCACAAAAAUGGCAGCUUCCAUGAUGUUUGAGUUCGGGAAAGCAAGAAACGAGUUUAAGGUUCUGGUGGAGAAAAUUAUCCAGCACCAAACUGCAGAUAAAUAUGUGGAAGAGUUCCAGUCUUAUAAUGGCGGUGACACGGAGAAGAAACUGGCAAUGGAUCAAGCUUUGAGAGACGUCAUGCAUGCCUUUGUGACCAGCGAUCCUGAUUGUCUGGCAUGUAAAUCAGUCAUUGAUGCUUCAGUAGAACUGGCCACUCAAGAGGCUUGUGCAGCAUCCACACCGUUCCUGCUUUUAUCAGAUGUGUUUGAUGUCAUCACCCUUAGUCAAUGUGAGGAACUCUUCUGCCUCGUGGAGGACAGAUUAAGUACCUGGAAAUCUGAAAUGUUUUACACUGCCGGCAAAAACUACUUACUGCGGAUGUGUAAUGAUCUUCUCCGCAGACUUUCCAAGUCGCAGAACACAGUGUUUUGUGGGCGUAUACAGCUGUUCCUAUCCAGAUUAUUUCCAUUAUCAGAAAAGUCAGCAUUAAAUCUGAUGAGCCAGUUCAACUUGGAGAACGUAACAACAUAUACAACAAAAGCAGACAGAUUCGAGACAGAGUUGAAGGUGGACGGAAUGGAAGUAGAAGAGGGAGAAACAGAUGACCAUCCAAAACCAGUUGAUUACAACUUGUACAGACGAUUCUGGGCAUUACAAGAUUUCUUCAGAAAACCAACACAGUGCUUUGAAAAAGUUCCCUGGAAAAUGUUUCAGAUGAAUUCUGAUGAAGUGCUCAAUGCAUUCAACAGUGCUAAAUUGGAUGACAUGAAGUCGUCACGAAAGAAACUUCUAAUGCCUCGCCCUGCUGACACAACCGCCUUUUUUGCCAAAUACCUGACAAGUGAAAAGUUGAUGGAUCUGCAGCUAAACGACAGUAACUUUCGGAGAUACGUCCUUGUUCAGUUCCUCAUCCUAUUCCAGUACCUCAACUCCCAGGUGAAGUUUAAAAGUAACAAUCAGUCACUGUCAGAUGACCAGAACCAGUGGGUUAAAAACACCCAGGAAAGGGUGUACCAACUGAUCAGAGAGACACCGCCAGAGGGAGAACAAUUUGCAAGUAAUGUGGAGCAUAUAUUGUCGAGGGAGGAGUAUUGGAACGAAUGGAAAAAUGAUGGCUGCCCAAGCUACGAGCGGGAGAAGAACACAGAUGCCAAACAGAGAACAAAGGCAAAGCGACGGUGGGUUGGAGAUGACCUUCAGGCUAGUGGUGGCAAGAUCAUAAAGAUGGGGAGCUCAGAGCUGACACGCCUGUGGAAUAUCAAUCCUAACAACAUGGGAGCAUGUCGGGCCGACAAAAGAGUGUUUUUACCGACAUUAGAAGAUUAUUUUGCCGAGGCAAUGGACCAGUCCGACCCAGAGGCCAUGGUGGAGGAUGAAUACAAAAUGAUCAACGAGCAAAUUUUCCAAUGGAAGUCGUUACGCUUGUUGGCACGGCGAAGUCCCCAUUUCUUCACACACACCAAUAAGCCGGCAAUCCCUCUGGCUGAAUAUCUGGAAACCAUGCUGAACAAGAUCGCCAAGGAGAUCCCACAGACAGCCAGUAAUGAGGAGAUGAAAACAGAGAUCGGUGAAGAGGAGGAGGGUAUCCAGGAACGACAAGAAAUGGAGGAACAGAAUGAUGAACAAGGUAAAGACAAUACAGAAGAUACUCUAACACAACCCGUACUCGAGCAGUUAGCCGCCAUACUCACGGGAGAGUGGAAAAAACUGGCCACAGAACUCAACUUCCCUGAGGACGACAUCUCAUACUUUGAGAAAGAAGCUAGUGAUGAAAAACAACAGGCAUUUAAGAUGCUUAAAGUAUGGCAUAGUAACGAAGGUGACCGUGCUACAGUUGGGACACUGAAGAUUGCUCUCAAAGAGGUUGGACUCACAGAUGCCAUACAGUCCGUGUUUGGCAAAUCUUGACCUCACAGGUUGAAAUAUUGUUAUCAUGGUUAAGACAGUAAAUGUCUAAUCAGCAUGUCUAUGAUGGUGUCAAGCUAUGGCAUAGAUGGUCUACAGAUACCAUGUUGGAGUUCUUAAGGAAUUUAUCGGAAAGACAUAAAAAGUUUGCAGAAUCAUAAAAUGAUUUAUUGUAGCAAACUGAAGAAAUCAAUUUUAGACAUAAAAUUCUGCAAGGGACCGACUUCAGCGGUGUUAGUGAUGUUCAUGGAGUGAGCAAAUGUAUUAUUGUGAUUGGUGAGAAUUGCCUAGUGUUUAAAGGUCAGAUUUGGGGACGCUGUAAGGGUGCUAUAAGGACCAAAGAUCUGCGUGUGUGUGUGUAUGUGUAUGUGACUCGAGUCGAUGGUCAGUAUUGAUUUAACAGACAGCAUGAUGUAAUAACUAUGGUCUAUGUCAAACAUAAUAAUGACAAGUACACCGAGUAUGGUAUCCAGUGUUCAUUACACGCAGUGCUGUUUUAAUUUUGUGUUACUCAAAGAAAAAGACAAGCUCACUGUGUUAAAUUUUCAAGAUUGAUAGGUAUGUACUAUUUCUUUACCAAAAAUGUUUGCUCUCAUGUUGAAUGCACAGAAUUUUCAUACCACGAAAAUAACUCUCAUAAAUUAUUACCCUAUAUACAGUAUACAUACAGGCACAAAGCUUCUUAGUAUAAGAAUGCCAGGUAUACAAUGUUCUAAAUAGUCUGCUAUGUUCAUACAAAAUGUAUACCUCGUAAUACCUUCAUGUAUCAUGUUUGGUUAUCUAAAUUGUUCUCAAUGCAAUCUCAUCAUGUGUUAUCCUCUGGCUCUCUUCAUUUAGACAUGUUUAGAUAGAAGGAUAAAAAGUGUGAUUUGUUUUUUUCAAAUAUCAACUGGAUAACUCUGUAUGGUACUUUAAAUUGUUUUAAUUUACAACAUUAAUUUAUGCAUUUUAAACACAAAAUGACUCCGUUCUCAGAACUAAGAAAACUGCACCAACAUGAAUAAUAUUGGAGUAAAAUCAUGAUGUUGUUACUCAGAAAAGUUAUCCAUGUUUACAACUCACUUAUUUGUAAACAAUCACAAGAAUAUGUAUUUGAAAUGACCCUUUCUCAUGUUUUACACUUAGAUUUUGUUAUUAUCAGUACAAGAAGAUAGCUUGUUUGUUACAAAUUUUGAUAUUAUUUUAUAUUUUUAACUAGAAAAUGUCUAGUUAGACAUGGAUGGGCCCGGCUCCCCUACAGAUUGGUGUCAUUUUUUCACAAACUUCUAUAAAUGGUACUGAUAACCUCGACUUUGACCAUGGAACUCUGAAACACAAUCUGACUAGAAGUAUUUCUAUACUUGUAUACCUUUGUAUAAAGUGUGAGAAAAAUCUAUUGAGAAAUAUAUUUCUAGAGUUAUGACACCAAUUUGGAGCAGAAAUUGAUCAGAUGAAACAUCCAACUUUGUAUCAAAUAGUUCUGUAGGUUAACAAACAAGUCUUUAAUUCUGUUUCUUGCUCACAUUUUGUCAGAAAAAAUGAAUUUGAAGUUUAUAUAGCUUGCUAUUAUAGAUUUAUAUUGUUUUCUCAAGGAAUGAGUUGUUUGAGUUCCAAUUGCAUAACACAAGUUAUCACCAACAUGAGUAACAGUUAAAAACUUAUCUGAUUAUACCGUAGUGCUUGAAUUGAUUGGCUCCUCCCCAAUUUUUGAAAUCUCUUGGACAGAUAGAGGAAGACAUGAAAUAAUUGUGGGCACUUGCUUUCCUGGUUUGAAGCUACGUAUACUCUGUUCACUGUGUGGUACAUACUUUGGUACCACCAUCAUGUUAUUGUAUAUAUAUCAUACAGAGUUUCCAUUGUCAUAUUUCAGCAAUACCAUAUUGUCAUAAAUGAUGAAAAGAUUUUCUCAGAAA